CCCGGCCCCGCCGCCGCCGCCGCCGCCCCCGCGGGGGCCGGGACUGAGCGCGCCGCGCCGCCGAGACGCGGCCCCGAGGAGAGGGCGAGGGAGCGGGAGCCGAAGAGCUGCCGCCCGCGCCGCAUGAUGUGGGUGCCGCUGCUGGCGUGCCUCGCCGCGGGGAUCGUCUCCGUGCAGAAGUGCCAGCGCGGCCCCGGCCCCCUCCUCGGGGCGGCCCGGCUGCUGGCAGCCGCGCCGGGACUCUGCCAGCGCCUGGAAAACAGAUGUGCCACUUCAAAUGCAGUAACAUGCACAAAGUGCCUUGCUUUGGGUCCAGAGUGUGGAUGGUGUGCUCAAGAGGAUUUCAUGGCUGACGCAACACAGACAGGACGCUGUGACACUGUUUUUAACUUGAAGAAAAGAGGCUGCCAAUCAGAUUUUGUAGAAAAUCCCACAGUUCAUGUAACAAUACCGAGUGACCAUGAAACAAAUACACAAGUGACACCGGGAAAAGUUUCAGUCCAACUGCGUCCAGGAAGCGAAGCAAACUUUAUAUUAAAAGUCCGUCCUCUAGAGAAAUACCCCGUGGACCUCUAUUAUCUAGUUGAUGUCUCAGCCUCUAUGCACAACAAUAUAGAAAAAUUAAAUUCAGUUGGAUUUGCUUUAUCUAAAAAGAUGGAGAAUAUUUCUAUUGAUUUUCGUCUUGGAUUUGGAUCAUAUGUGGAUAAAACUGUUUCGCCCUAUAUUAGCAUUCACCCAGGUAGAAUCCAUAACCAAUGCAGUGAUUACAAUUUAGACUGUAUGCCUCCUCAUGGUUAUAUUCAUGUGCUAUCCCUGACUGACAACAUAGCAGAAUUCAGAAAUGCAGUGAAUAAACAAAAAAUUUCUGGGAAUAUUGAUACACCUGAAGGGGGGUUUGAUGCAAUGCUUCAAGCAGCUGUAUGCCAGAGUCAUAUUGGAUGGCGCAAAGAAGCAAAGAGACUACUUCUUGUGAUGACAGAUCAAACUUCCCAUCUGGCCCUUGAUAGUAAAUUGGCAGGGAUAGUAAUUCCCCAUGAUGGAAACUGCCAUCUGAAAGAUAAUGUGUACGUCAAAGCUACGAGUAUGGAGCAUCCAUCACUUGGGCAGCUUUCUGAAAAGUUGAUUGACAAUAACAUCAAUGUUAUUUUUGCAGUUCAAGGAAGCCAGUUUCAUUGGUAUAAAGAUCUGUUACCUCUGUUGCCUGGUACUGUUGCAAGACAGAUAGAAUCACAAGCAGCAAAUCUCAAUGAUUUGGUGGUAGAAGCCUAUCAGAAACUAAUCUCUGAAGUGAAAAUUCAAGUGGAUAACCAGAUCCAAGAUCUUAAUUUCAAUAUCACUGCAAUCUGUCCUGAUGGAAGUAAAAAAACAGGCAUGGAAGGAUGUAAAAAUGUGGGAUAUAAUGAAGAAGUGCUUUUCAAUGUCUCAGUUACAAUGAGAGGAUGUCAUACAACUGGAGGAAGAAAAUAUGUGAUACUUAAGCCUAUUGGUUUCAAUGAAACCACCAUCAUUAAUGUACAUAAAAACUGUGCCUGUCAGUGUGGAGACAGUGCAAAGCACAAAAGGGUUUGUGCUGACGAAACUUCCCCUUUUGGUGAACAAUCCCAUUGCAGUGACACUAAUUGUAAUUCCAAUAGAGAGAUACUCUCUUCUGAGAGGUGCAGACGACACCAGGACCAGCCCAUCUGCAGUGGUCAAGGAGACUGUGUAGAUGGAAAAUGUUUCUGUUACAAAAACAAGCUGGGCAAGGUGUAUGGCAAGUAUUGUGAAAUGGAUGAUUUUUCCUGCCCAUAUCACCAUGGAAACUUGUGUUCUGGUAAUGGUGAAUGCGAAGCUGGUAAAUGUAAAUGCUUUGCUGGCUGGGAAGGUGACCGUUGUCAGUGUUCAUCACAAUCAGCAAAACACUGCCAGAAUUCAAAGGGCCAGGUUUGCAGUGGAAGAGGAAAUUGUGUAUGUGGAAAGUGUGAAUGCACUGAUCCAAGAAGCUUUGGCCGUUUGUGUGAAUAUUGCCCUACUUGUAACAGUGCCUGUGAAGAAAACUGGAAUUGUGUUCAGUGCCAUCAUCCUAACAAUGCAUCUCAAGCUAUACUUGACCAGUGUAAAACCUCAUGCACUUACAUGUUGCAUUAUAUUGACCAAGCUUCAGAAUGUUUCUCUGGACGAAGCUACUUUAGAAUCUUUUCCAUAAUCUUUAUAGUUACAUUUCUGAUUGGGUUGCUUACUGUUCUUAUCAUCAGGCAGAUAAUUCUGCAGUGGAAUAGCAAUAAAGUUAAGUCUUCAGCUGAUUACAGAGUGUCUACAACAAAGAAGGAUAAGAUGUUUUUGCCUACUGUUUGUACAAGAACAGUAACAUACAGACGUGACAAACCAGAAGAAAUAAAUAUCGACAUCAGCAAGUUACGAUUAAAUGAAACUUUCAAGUGUGAAUUCUGAAGACAGUGUGUUUUCUGCAAAUAUCUAUUUCCAUCAUUUUCUACUUUUAAAGGUUACCUUUUGUACUCUGUAAGAGUCUUGACUGUUGCUGUUUGGUUUUGUGUCAUGCAUUUUGUUGAAUACUGUAACAAAGUCACAUGUAAGCAUAGUCACAUAAUGUGACUAUGUUUAAAACUAUAGCUGCUGUAUUUUUUUGGAAAGAGAAAUGUGCAUUACUACUGUUCCAGAACAUUAGUGUUGAUGUAGCACUUUAAUGUAUUCUAAUUUAUUUAGUUAUGGCAUAGAAUGUAGAUAUGAACAGGUCUGACAAAGCACUGAUCUCACUCUACAUGUAGCUAGUACUGAUAUGCUCUGUGGGAAUGGACAAAAACUGUGACUGAGCUAUUAAUAUUGCUGUAUAUUGUGGCAAUAGACGAAACUUCAAAUACUCUUAAAUAGAGUAAAUGGUACUUUUAUAGUUCUCUCAGUUGACUAAAUUCCACUGAUUUGUUUGUUUUAGUCUCUUAGCUUUUCCUCAUUACUAAAUAGAAAUAACUGGAUUAAAUGAGCACUUAGUUACACUGAUGUGUGUAUAGUUGUGUGUAUGUGUAGAUCUAUACAUAUACAUACACAUACAUGCACACAUACAGAUAAAUAUGUAUAUAAUACAAUUUUUAAUCUGUACACGAUGGUGUCACUUAUAGUUUGUAUCUGAUAUAAGAGAAUAAUUUUUAGCUUUUUGCUUGUUUCAGAAUAAAAACUUUUAUAGAAAUUUUAAGAUAUGUGAAAACUGAGUGCGUACAGGAAAUGAGAGAGUUGUUCUUACCAGCAGCAUAGUCUACAGAGUAAUCACUGCUGGCUAACUUCACCUCUGGCGUUAGCAGCAUCAGCUCUAUUGCAAUCAGAUAAAUUACACCAGAGCUGUGUUUGGUUUGCUAGCUACAUGUCAGUGUUUUGCCAAAUAAGGGCUCUGUUCUUUUUGAAUGUCAGACUUAAGUCUGAUUUUCCACAUGUGCUCUUUUUUCUGUGUAAAAUUAGUUGACAGGAUUAGUUUUCUUGAAUCCUUACUUAACCACUUCAAUUUUUAUGACUGUGCAUUGAGAAAUGUGUCCAGUGUGGUAUGAAAAAGUAUCUGCAAUUCAAAAGAAGGUGCGGAAAAUAGGAGUCUUUUUUUCUCAAGAGAACAUGUUAGUUGACUUCAUAAAUGUAGAAUCAAAUUCUGCCUUCAGAAAUGAGCAAAAACUCUUCUAAACACAGUGGGACCAAUAUAAGCUUAUCUAAGAGCAGAAUUUAAGCUAUAAGGUCAGCCAGAAACAUUUUCUUACCCUGAAGCAGGCCGUAGUGCUGCAAGACAUGUUAUUGCCAUAUGCUAUUUCGAAGGGUCAGCUAACAGUCUGAUUUACUUAUUUUAUGCUGCCAAAAUCAUAGAAAUUCUGAUCAACCUUUCUGAAAUAUGCACUAAGAUCUAGCUGGCAAAAAAAUCAUCUCAGAAGACAGUAUGCAGUAUAUCGUUUUAGCAGUAUUAAUUAGUGAUACUAAAUAUUGAUCUCUACUUGUUACAGGUAAGAGUCACAGAAACAUCUUUAUAUGCCAUUUCUACAAAUGUAUAAGAAUAUUACUAUUUCCUAUUCUGUACUUUUUCUGUACUGUAAAUUCCCACUAAAAUCUGAGGAGUAUACGUGCAAAAAGAAGGCAGGAUGUAGAAUAGAUGAUGAGUGUUAUACAAGGGUUCACAGUGAAUUACUUGGGCCAAGGAUCAAAUGAGGGAUUAAGAAAAAUAAUACAGAGAUAGUGGGCUUUCCACUGAAUUUUCCUAGAAGCUUUAGAUUUUAGGGCUUGUUUUUAAAAUUUUAUAAACUGCACCAUUAAAGGUUUCUAAAGCAGUCUUCACAGUAGAACCUGAGCUUCUUACCACAUGGUUGAAAGUGUCUCAUUUAAAGCAAAGGGGAAUUCCUUACACAGACUCUGAUUUCAGUGAUAGCCUCACUAUCAUGUUAUUUAUAGAUUAAUUCUGUAUGAAGAAUUAUUCUGUAACGUAUCAACUGUAUUUUAAACUUUAUUUUAUUUUUAAAACGGAACAGUAUAGAACAAUUUUCUUCCUGUGGAAAUUAACAGACUCCAGACCAUUGGUUCCAGUGGGAUUAAGAUAAACUAUCUGUAAGAGAUUGCUUAAUAUUGUCCUUGUCACAAUUAGUAUUUUUAAGUGAGUAGAAAACAGGGUGCCUGGUUAUCUGUUUAGCAUAACAACAACAACAAAAUAUUAAAAGCUCAACUGAAAAUAUGUGAAUGUUUAACAAAAGAUGUAGUUAUGUUCUUAAAACAAUGGGAUACCAUUUUUUUAACAAAAAGGAUUCCUCAGAAUCAUAUGUAUCUCAUAGCCCUUAGACCAUUUUGUGAAGUGAUAGCUAUUGUUUUUCUUUAAAAUUAUUUUUCACUGUUAGAGUUAAAUUGUGGGGGUGGGGGGGGAAGGAGCUGUGUUUUCUGUGGGAGAAAGAUUUGAGUUGUAAAGCUCUAUCUUUCAGACACAUCGUAUUGCUACUACUUUUCUUCUGUAGCACUGUGUUGGCAUUGCAGUGCUGCCUGCGAAGGGGCAGGGCCAGUAGUUUGUUAUCAGCACACCUGCCUGAACAUUCAGUACGCUCUGGUAAAUGGAGCAGGCUUACAGGACAAACUGCACUGUAAGCUGCUUGCUGUCCUGAGUUAAAAAAAAAAAAAAAAGAAAGAAAGAAAAGAAAAGAAAAAGGCAGGGGGUGGGGGAGAUUCUUGCAUCUCCCUUAUUGCUCUGCUGUAUUGUGGAGGGGGUGAUGAGUGGGCUAGUGAGAAAGAAUAAGCUGCUGCUAAUGUGACAGGUCAAGGCUUUUAGAAGGCCCAUGGGGAGCUUAUACAGAGCAGAAUCCUUGGGAGGAGCUUUGUUUCUAUGGAUGGAAUCUCUCCCUGAGAAACUGUGGCUUUACUUGGUACUUGUUUCUCUCUGCCUUUGACCAUGUUUUUUCAGAAGAGCUGCUGCAGGAGAUGAAUAGCCCAACAAAAACCUCACUAUUUAGGGAGCUGUGUUCCCUCAGCACAUGACCUUAAAUGAGAAAGCAGCCUGUAAUUCACAAGGAAUUUGCUCAGCAAUUGCAGAAUGACUGUGCUUCCUAUAGUGCUUAAUAUGGGAGAUAUUACAGACAAAUUAGUUCAUAUUAGUUUUCAAUGUAUUGUGCAUCAAAGAUGCUCAUACAAACAGGGGGUGGGGGAAACUAGCCUCAGAAUAGAAUGCUCUAAAUUCUUAAAUAAAACUUUUUAUACUAGGCUCUUACAAAAUUUUUAAAAAAAAAAAAAAAGAAUAUUUUGACCACAUGCCUAUACCCAAAAAUAUGCUACCAUACAGUGUGGUACUUCAUCAUUGUUUUGGGGUUGGUUUUUUGGGGGGAUUUUCAUCCCACAAGCAGAAGAACAUUUACAUGAUUCUUUAUAGCAGAUUCGUUAAUGGUAAAAUUUUCUAAUUCUAAUUCCAUUUUUUACAUUUAACUGUCUUGUAACAUUUCAGAAAUGGCACAUGUUCAUACAAUUAAAAAAAUGUGCUUUCUGAGUCUGAUUUUUAAAAAGACACAGAACUGAAGAAAUACUAUGAAUUGAUUAUAUCCGAGCACCAUGAACACAUUAAAAACAUCACUACAGAUGGGUGUGGGAAAAUAGCUGGUUCAUCUAGAAAACGUGCACAUGGUAUGCAAGGAAUUUUCAUUGUGCCCAGCUGAAAUUCCCUUACGUUCACAAGCAAUGUUGAAAGUGAACCUUAAAAAGGAAGGACAUUUGUAUAGGCAUAGUUUACAUUUUACCCAUUAUUUUCAACUAGAUUCAUUUUUUUUCCUCUUUAUGGUGUCGUGAAAAUCUACUAUGUGAAGUAUUCUUCAGACUGUAUUGGAAGAAAUAGUUUUCCCAGUCUGAUCAAAUACAAUGUUUGCUUUCUGCUUAGUGUACAUACAUAGAUGUACAUGUGUUGCAAACUAUGGGAGCGAAGCAGCUUCAGGCAACCCUUAGUCCUGGAAGCAGCCACCAGGACUAGUGAUGCCCAAGACUGAGAGAGAUACAAGGACCUACUGCUGCCUGUGCGGGAAUCUGGAGAGCGAUGGCAUCUUAAGCUUGCAUAAUACAUCCUAGAGUGUAUUCUACGUGGCAUCCUUAAAAAGAUUACGCUCUGAGGCCAUACCUCUCUAUUUGUCAGUGCAGGAAGCCUGUUUAAAACAGGCUGGCUUGGCAGAGGUGAUGCCUUGUCUAUCCCAGGUGCUUAGCCAGACAGUGGAAAUGUGUUAUGUGCAGUCUGUAUUCCUCAGCUAUGCAGGCUUUUAGCAUCUUUUCUGCUCAUUGACUCCCUCCCCCCCCUCCCGGGAUAUGCACUGGCCAUAAGCAAUGGGAGCUGUAGCUGGGAAAAGGCACUUCUCAUAGAUGAAUCUGCUUGGAAUUUUACUGGAAAAUACCAAGAGAUGGAAGCUUAAGGAGCUGUUUCCUAGUUAAGUAGAGUAUGGUAAAUCAAUACUGAAUGAAACUUACUCUGGUCUAAUUAUAAAUGAAAUGUAGUUAUGGUGUUCUUGCAGUGCGUUGAAAAUGGAGUGUGGUAAGCAGGAAUAGAGCAGUAGUUAAGAAGAAACACUACUUUUUAAUCAUGAUCUUGACACUGCUCAAUGGGCAGACCUCUUAUGGAUAUUACAUAGAACUGAAAUUCAUGAAGAGGAAAAAAGGUUAAAAUUAGUUAGCAUGAAUAAAUUUCCAUAGUGAGCCAAAUCAGUGGGGUUUCAAUGUGUGCAAGACAGCUUUGAAUGAUUGGGUCUUUCUGAAAAAAAUAAAAUAAAUUUAAGACAUUCUUAAGCUUUAGAAAUGCUGUGUUGGAUUGCAUGUUCUCUUUGUUUUCUUUUCUGCACACACUCUUGAAAAAAGGUACCUACUUAUUAAAAAAAUACUAAAAUGUCUGACACUUGUUAAAAAAAUGAAUUCAACACAUCUUAAGGUUUCAUCCUGAUAUCUCUCUUGUGUUGGGGCUGUUUCUGUUAUAUUUUGAAGGGAAAGGGUGAAAGAAGAAAGAUUCAUUUGGGAAGGCAUUAGUGUUGGAUGAAUCCACUGUGCUAACAUCUUUUUCAUUUUUACCUACUACUGCUUCAAAAAACAAGGCUACUUUUACGUGUCUUAUUUAGCAAUGGUGUGACAAUUAUUAAUAAUACUACAUAUUUUGUUUUUAACUUUCUAUUUAACAUAUACUACCUUUUGUAAAAAAAUAUAUGCAGAUAAAUAAUGUUUCUCUAGAUUUUAUGCAUAGAGAAUGUUAGUAAGGGAAGAGGUUUUAAAUAAAUGUAUAACUUCUUACUGUUCUUUUCCCAUUUUAAAUGAUACUUUUAAAUCACUACUUUUGUUUGUCUGGAAAUAUACUGAAUAUUUUAUUAUUUAAAAUAGUAUACUUUUAUAGCUGUUUAUUAAUUUUGGUUGACUACUAACUUCUAUUUUGAUAUUUAUUAAUGAGUUGACACUGUAGUAUAUUGAGAUGUUUAUUUUUCUAUCAGAGCUGUAACAACUAUGACAUGGCAUUAUUUUAAUGCAACAUCAUUGUACUUGCUCUCUAAAAAAUAAAAUCAAUAUUUAAUCCA